AUGAAGGAGAAGGUGUACUGCGUGAUACCAGAAGGCGUGGAGAUGGAUGGCGACUUCGAUUGUCUCGAGUUGGUGAAGGCGAUCUACGGUCUCAAGCAAGCUUCACGUGUGUGGAACGAGACUUUCGACGAGCUCGUAUGCUUUAUCGGUUUCGAAGUGUCGGCGUUCGACCCAUGUCUCUACAUCAAGGUUGUCGACGGUCACUGUGUGCUAGUGCUGGUCUACGUGGAUGACGUGUUGAUCACCGGCAGCUCGCUCGAGUUGAUUGCGCAGACGAAGGCCGACCUCAAGACGCGUUUCGAGAUGACCGACAGUGGCAAGUGUACUUUUGUACUGGGCAUCGAACUGGUGGACGAAUCGAAUGGCAGCGUGACGAUGUGCCAGCGACGGUAUGUCAACGACAUCCUCAAGUGCUUCGGCAUGGAUGAGUGCAAGGCCACAGCAAGUCCGGUCAAUUUGAGCACUCGGCUUGUCGCAAGCAGCGAAGCGACCAAGAUCGACGUUCCGUUUCGUGAAGCUGUGGGAGCUUUGAUGCACUUGACGACUGCGACGCGCCCGGACAUUGCGUAUGCUGUGGGGUACGUCUCGCGCUUCAUGGAGAAUCCGCAGCAAGAACAUUGGACGGCGGUGAAGCGCAUCUUUCGUUACUUGCAAGGGACCAAGUCGCACGGACUCCGCUUCCAGCCAAGCGACAAGAUCGACUUUCGUGGCUACUCGGACGCGGACUGGGCCGGCGACCACGCUGAUCGCAAGUCGACUUCGGGUUACACUUUCAUGCUGAUGGGUGCUCCUGUGAGUUGGGGAAGCAAGAAGCAGUCAAGUGUGUCGCUGUCGACGAGUGAAGCGGAAUACAUCGCACUGAGUCUGGCCAUCCAGGAAGGCAAGUGGGUGCAUCGCCUGCUAUGCGAGAUUUUAGCGGCCGCAAACGAACCAGGACCGGACCUCGUCAUCCGUGAAGACAACCAGUCGUGCAUCGAGAUGACGAAGAAUCCAGUGAAUCAUGGCCGCGCCAAGCACAUCGGCAUCAAGUACCAUCACAUCCGUGAUGAGGUCAAGCGAGGUGAUGUCAUGUUGGAGUACUGUGAGACUACGAUUAAGUUGGCGGACAUCAUGACGAAGGGACUGCCAGGACCGCGUCACAAGGACUUGACGACGGCUCUCGACAUUUGUGUGAGUUCGGAUUGA